GGCAGCAAGCUCCCAUAAGCUUCUGGGCCCAAACUAGCCUGGGUCUCUGGGUUCCUUUCCGUUGUCCCCGAGUUCUUGGCCUCUGCGCGGCGAGUUGGUCGCGUGCCAGACAGUCGUUAGCGCCGGCCGAGGGUGGGGGGCUCAACAGACUUCACGGAAGCGGGACUGGAACGGGCAGCGACGGUUGGGUGACGCCGGGAGGCGGUUGAGGUGAGGCGGCCCCUCGGGCACCGUGCCAGUUGUGUCGGGAGCCACAAGGCUGAGUGAGAAGGACGGCGCGCGAUAGGCGGCGAUGCAGGGCGCGGCCUGUCUCGGUUUCUAAGAAGGACCCUGAGGAGGAGGAAAGAACAGGUGGAUAUCUGGGAAUUGAAGUUCAGACUUUGAAGGUGACUUACAUAAUUCGUGGUCAUUGACCGGAGAAUCUUGACAGUGAAAGUGUCUCAUUGUAGUGAUGAGCUACAGCCCCGGGAUGUUCAAGAGCUGCUCUGGCUUUCCUGAACUCUGUGCUUCGCCGGUAGAGGAAACCCAUGGAGCGCUAAUUGGUUCUUGGAAUUACGGAACCAUGACUGAUGGGUUGGUGACUUUCAGUGAUGUGGCCAUCCACUUCUCCCAGGAAGAGUGGGAGUGCCUGAGCCCUGCUCAGAGGGACUUAUACAUGGAUGUGAUGUUGGAGAACUACAGUAACUUGAUUUCACUGGGGAUCAAAUCUGAAACCUGGGCAUGUGUCCUGACCAGGAAUCGAACUGACGACCUUUCGGUGCAUGGGACGACACUCAACCAAUUGAGCCACACCAGCCAGGGCACAGAUUUGGAGUCAACAUAUGAGACUGAAAAUAACUUUUCAGGAAAGAACAUUUCUGAAAUAAGUUUUUCCCAAUGGGCAGUAAAGGAAAGAAGUAAAACUGUUGAUCUUGAGGCAUCCAUUUCCGAAAAUAAUUGGAAAUGCAAAAGCAAAUUUGAUGAACUACAGGAACAUCAAGAGGAAUGCUUCAGUCAAAUGAUAAUCAGCUAUGAAAAGCCCACUUGCCAAAAAAGUAAAUCUCUUAUUGCACAUCAAAGACUUAAUCCAGAGAAACCCGACAUUUGUAAGGAAUGUGGGAAGACUUGUAGUCAUGGUUCAAAACUUGUUCAACAGGAGAGAACUCAUACAGCUGAAAAACACUUUGAAUGUAAAGAAUGUGGUAAGGACUUUUUUAGUGCCUAUCAACUCACUGUGCAUCAGAGAUUUCAUACUGGUGAGAAAUCCUACAGAUGUAAGGAAUGUGGGAAGACUUUUAGUUGGGGAUCAAGUCUUGUUAAACAUGAGAGAAUCCACAGUGGUGAGAAGCCCUAUGAAUGUAAAGAAUGUGGAAAGGCCUUUAGUCGUGGCUACCACCUUACUCAACAUCAGAAAAUUCACAUUGGUGUGAAAUCUUAUGAAUGUAAGGAAUGUGGAAAGGCCUUUUUUUGGGCCUCUAGCCUUGCUAAACACGAGAUAAUUCAUUCAGGUGAGAAACCUUAUAAAUGUGAAGAAUGUGGGAAAGCAUUCAGUCGUGGCUAUCAGCUUACGCAGCAUCAGAAAAUCCAUACUGGUAAGAAACCUUAUGAAUGUAAAGUAUGUGGAAAGGCUUUCUGUUGGGGUUAUCAACUUACUCGACAUCAGAUAUUUCAUACUGGCAAGAAACCCUACGAAUGUAAGGAAUGUGGGAAGAGCUUUAAUUGUGGUUCAAGUCUUGUUCAACAUGAGAGAAUUCAUACAGGUGAGAAACCCUAUGAAUGUAAAGAUUGCGGAAAGGCUUUUAGUCGUGGCUAUCACCUUGCUCAACAUCAAAAAAUUCAUACUGGUGAGAAACCUUUUGAAUGUAAGGAAUGUGGGAAAGCCUUUAGUUGGGGUUCAAGCCUUGUUAAACAUGAGAGAGCCCAUACUGGGGAGAAAUCCUAUAAAUGUAAAGAAUGUGGAAAAGUCUUUGGUAGUUUGUAUCAACUUGCUCGACAUCAGAUACUUCAUACUGGAGAGAAACCCUAUGAAUGUAAGGAAUGUGGGAAGACCUUUCAUUGUGGUUCAAGUCUUGCUCAACAUGAGAGAAUUCAUACUGAUGAGAAACCCUAUGCAUGUAAAGAAUGUGGAAAGGCCUUUAGUCGUGGCUACCACCUUACUCAACAUCAGAAAAUUCACAUUGGUGUGAAAUCUUAUGAAUGUAAGGAAUGUGGAAAGGCCUUUUUUUGGGCCUCUAGCCUUGCUAAACACGAGAUAAUUCAUUCAGGUGAGAAAACUUAUAAAUGUGAAGAAUGUGGGAAAGCAUUCAGUCGUGGCUAUCAGCUUACGCAGCAUCAGAAAAUCCAUACUGGUAAGAAACCUUAUGAAUGUAAAGUAUGUGGAAAGGCUUUCUGUUGGGGUUAUCAACUUACUCGACAUCAGAUAUUUCAUACUGGCAAGAAACCCUACGAAUGUAAGGAAUGUGGGAAGAGCUUUAAUUGUGGUUCAAGUCUUGUUCAACAUGAGAGAAUUCAUACAGGUGAGAAACCCUAUGAAUGUAAAGAUUGCGGAAAGACUUUUAGUCGUGGCUAUCACCUUACUAAACAUCAGAAAACUCAUACUGGUGAGAAACCUUUUAAAUGUAACAAAUGUGAGAAGACCUUCAGUUGGAGUUCAAGCCUUGUUAAACAUGAGAGAGCCCAUACUGGUGAGAAAUCCUAUGAAUGUAAAGAAUGUGGGCAGGCCUUUGGUAGUGGGUAUCAACUUGGUGUUCAUCAGACAUUUCAUACUAGUGAGAAACCUUAUAAUGUAAGGAAUUUAGGGAUAUUUACUCAUGGCUCGGACCUUGUUCAACAUGAUAGAAAUUAUAGUAAUGAUAAACCCCAUGAAUAUGAAGAAUGGGCAAGUUUUUAUAUGGUCAACUUAUUCAAUUGAAACAAUAGCUACUGGAGAAGAAAUGUGAAAACAUUUUUUUGUGUAACUUAAACAGAGAAAUCUUAUUCUAGAGAAAACUUAUGAAUGUGAGGAAUGUGCAAAAGCCUUAUCUGUGUGUGGAAAAUUUGGUUGAUAUUAGGAAAUUUAUACUAGUAAGAAAUAUUUUAAAUAUAAGGAAUAUGAAAAGGCCUUUAGACUUCUGCAUAAUCUUAUUGAACAUCAAUGUAUAUUGAUUUGAAACUAUUUAAAUGAAAGGAAUGUAUCUUUAUUCAUGACAUAGAGUCUAAUAAGCAUUGGAGGAUUUAUACUUAUAAGAAACACUUUAAGAAAUGAGAAAAGAACGGAAAUUUAAUUCAGUUCUUGCUCUGUACAUCAGAGAAUUAAUACUGCUGUGAAAUCUUAUGAUUGUAAGGAAUGCAGAAAGGUUUAUACACCGAGUGGCCAGGUUAUUAUGACCACCCCAUCAGUACAAUGAAGUGAAUUAGUUAUGCAAAUAAUAAUAAUAAUAAACCUUGAGAGUAUUUGCUUAGGAAGUUUUCAAUAUUCAGUAUUUUUGGAAGUGUCAGUGAAGUACUGAUGGAGUGGUCAUAAUAAUCUGGCCGGUCAUAAUAAUCUGGCCACUCAGUGUAGAUGUAAUAAGCACCUUAGAUACAUCAGAGAACUCAUCCACAUGAGAAACCCUUAGAUUAGAAUGCAGGAACACCUUUAGACAAGUGUUACUCGAACUUGUUUAGAGACUAGUACUAGUCUACAAAAUUGUUACCUGUGCAUCAUAAGAUAAAUGCAGAAAAUGAAAGUAACUGUUUGGAAACAUUUAUAGCAAUUUGAUAGUGCCAUAACGUCAUUGCAUUUUACAAAAGUAUCAAUUAGCCCAUGAAUGAUUGGAAAUUAAAAACAAAAGUUUGCCCUUAUCCAGAAAUAAUUGAGACAACAUUCAUACUUUUAUAAAUGUGACACAAGUUACGAUAUGAUUAAUUGGAACAAGAAAUCCCUCACUUGUCACCUGAUUAGCAGAUUAUUCAUGCUAUAGGAAGAUUUGGCUAAUGUGGGAAUCACAACUUCCUUAUGCCCAUAAAAGUAUAGAGAAUUUACACCAAGUAUGUUCAUUUAGUAAAUGUACAGAAGGCUUCUAACACUACUCAGUCUUUGUUAAAUUUUAUUUUGAAUAAUAAAUAUCCAUUAUUUAUGUAAUUAUUUCUGUGAUGUAACACAGACAGGAAGCCCCUUAUCCAUGGCACAAACCAUACUGAUUGUCAUCACCAUUCCACCUCUCACUCCCUUUGGGUUGUUGAACAAAAUGUUUAUCCCUUUUGGGGAUCAUCUUUAAAAUGCUGGUGAUGGUAACUAAUAGUACUUUUGUAAAGAGUGGAUAGAUUUAUAUGCAUCAAAUCCUUGGAAGAGUAUCUGGUGUGUAGCCUAUGCUCAAUGCAUAUUAGCUGUUGUUCUUAUCCUCCUCAUUAGUAUUACUACUAGUGAAUUCUUAGGAGAGGAAUGCUCAUUGGCAUAAUGAAUUUAGGAAAGCUUUUCAUAACCACUUAUGAAUUUGAGUUUCAGGUAGUUCAUUCUGGAUAAAAUUCAGUAAAACAAAACCUGAGAGGAUUUUUAUUCAGAAUUUAUCCCUUAAGCUUCAUAAAACAUUAAGACUGAAAAUAAAUGUGGAUUUAGCAAGUGUUAAGCUGGGAAUAUACUUGAAGAACCAGGGAGAGGUGUGAAACAAUUUGCCUGAAAUGAAUUCCAACAGACAGGUAGGCAAUAAUUAUAAUUCCUUGUUCACAUUUCAAGAUAAUUUAGAGAUUACAAAGGAAAAAAAAUGGCCCAUUUGAGAAUUCUUUCCCAAAAUCUUACGACAAUUUUCAGACAAGUUUAAAGAAUAGUAUAAUGAAUAUACUCUUCUCUACCUAGAAUCAAUAAUUGUUAACAUUUGGCCAUAUUUGCCUUUCUCUCUGAAUAUAUGUGUAUGUAUAUUCAUGUAGCAUUUGACUUAUAUAUAAGUCAUGAUAGUUCAUUCCUGAACACAUUAGCAUGUACCCUUUUAGAUUAAGAACAAUCUUAUUUUAAUACCGUUGUUAUACAAGAAAAUUAUCAAUAAUUCUGUAAUACUAGUAUUCUUUUCUAUUUCAUAUUUCCCAGUGCUCCCAAUAAUUUAUCCUAUUGCUAUUUAUUUUCUUUUUAAAAAAUAUAUAUGUUCUUAUUGAUUUUUAGAGAGAGGAAAAAGGAGAGAGAGAUAGAAACAUCAAUGUGAGAGGAACAUCAAUUGGUUACCUCCUGCAGCCCCCUACUGGGAUGGAGCCCACAACUUGGGCAUUACCCUGACCGGGAAUUGAUCUGGUGACCUUUUGGUGCAUGGGUCGACGCCUGGUGCACUGAGCCACACCGCUGGGCACUAUUUACUUUCUAACCAGCAUCUUCUUUAUAUUCAUGCAUUGUAUUUGGUUGUCAUGUCUCUAGAUUUUAGUCUUGAACAGACAGGAAAGCUGUUUUACAGAAUGAGUACAUUCUAGACUUGUUUCUUUCCCCAUUAGGAAAUAGUGCAUUAAGAAAAAAAUUGAAUCGCAAGACUAAAGUCUCACAUUGAAAAAUGACCAGGAUAAAUUUUAGGUUAGUCUACAGGUAGACCCAUAAUGGUCAAAUAUUGACUGCAUAAAAGUUGUUGAAUAAACUAUAGCUGCUUGUGGAAGGACAAUUUGGAGAUGUUCUUUUCUUUUUCUUUCUUUUUUUAACCAUAACUGACAUAGUAAGUUCUGAAGAUCUAAGUAUCACAGCUGAUGAGCACAAAGGGACUGAAAGCUGAAAAAUAAGCAGCUGGGAAUGUACUGAUGUUCACCAGUCAUGUAAAGUGAUAAGACAGGAGAGAGAAUAAAAGGGAACAAAUUAGCUCACCAGAACCAGGACAGUAUGAUACUGGUCUUUGAGGAGCCACAUGUUAUGACUCAAUGAUGUGGUCAAUGGGUGUUUUUAUAUCUUAUUAGUUCUGGGAAAUAAAAUCAAUUGAAUUCCUUUACUGUGGUCUAAGAUGAAUCUGAAGAGGAUUUAUGCCUUUUCUCCACACUGCCCAAAGGAAUAGCUCUUUUUUUUAAAUAUAUUUUUUAAUUACAGGUGACUUACAAUAUUGUAUUAGCUUUAGGUGUACAACUCAGUAAUUAUAUAACUUACUAAGUGGUCACCCUGAUAACUCUAGUACAUAUAUGACAUGAUCAUGUCAUAUAUACAUACUUACUAUAAUAAUAGAGGCCCGAUGCAUGAAAAUUUGUGAAAGAAUAGGCCUUCCUUCCCCUGGCUGCUGGCACCAGCUUCCCUCCGGCACUUGGGACCCAGGCUUCCCUCCUCUGGCUGCCGGCAGGCACCUGGCACCCGUGCUGGCUUCCCCCGGGCCACCCACAGGCACCUGGGACCCCAGCUGGCUUCCCCCGGGUCGCCCACAGGCGCAGGUAACCAGGACCCGGGCUGGCUUCCCCCAGGCCACCUGCAGGCACCUGGCACCUGGGCUGGCUUCCCCCGGGUGCCCACAGGACCCAGGCUGGCUUCCCCGCAGCCCUGGCUUUGUCAGGAAGGACGUCUGGUCUAAUUAGCAUGUUACCCUUUUAUUAUAGAUUAUUGACUACUAGAGUAGUCUGUCCUUUUGCCGCCACUGGGUGCAUGAAAUUCGUGCACAGGUGUGGUCCCUAGGCCUGGCCUGCAAUUGAAACGUGAACAUCUGGUGUGGAAGGGCAGGUCUCAGCUGACCUCUGGGCCCUGAGCAGCCUCCUGCGUGUCCCCUCCGCCUAAGUCACAGCGCCUGAGUCCCCACACAGAGAUGCAGUGAGUGUGGCUGGACGCCGCGGGCUGGGGCGCAGCAUGGGCCUCUGGGCUGCCCAGCAGCACCACACGGAAGCUGGACAGACAAUGUACUCUCUCCCAGUUGGCCUCACAGACUGGUUCCUGCGUGAACCCACAGGGAGCCCAACCGGCCCUUGCCAUCCAGGCCGCUGUGGCCUGGCUCACCGGGAAGAGGCUGCAUGGGUGUAGGGCGGGCUCCUCACAGGUGCCUGGAACCUGAGUGUGGGGGCUUCCUCAGCAUGUGAGCCCUGGAGUCCCAGGGAAGGGUAGCAGGGAGAGUAAGAGCGAGCUCGGUGGACACCCCACAUUCUCAAGGCACCUCCGUCCCCGUCACUACCGCCCUCCAGGUAGCUGGCAAGAGGUCACAGCCCCCAUCUGGUGUCACAGGAGAUUGGUCGCCUCCACCUACCCCCAGAUCCUGUCCCAGCCCAGGUCCCAAGCCCUAAUCAGGCGAUCAGGGCCUGCCAGCUGCUGGUCACCAUCUGCAGGGGCGAUUGGUCGGGGAUGGGCCACCCACUUGGCUCCCUCAGCUCCGCUCCCCACCUCCGCCACUGGUUGCCAUCUGCAGGGCGAUGAGCGGGGCGAUUGGGCCCCCACUCGCACCCACCUUGGCCUGGCACCGCCUGCUUACCUGCUCCACCAACCCACCACGGUCUUGCUCUUGUCAGGGCCCAUUGGGGCCAGCAGCACCUCCACUGCCACCCACUGCCAGCAUCAUGUCGCCAACGCCCACCAUGUUCCGCGCCACCCCCUGGUGGUCAGUGCACAUCAUAGCGAGCGGUCAAACUCCUGGUCAAACAAUUUGCAUAUUAGUCUUUUAUUAUAUAGGAUAUUUCCUAUGCUGUACACUACAUCCCUUGGCUAUUCUUAGUAGUUCUUCGUCCCUUCAUCUUUUCACUUACUCCUCCAACCCCACUCAUCUGGCAACCAUUAAGAUUAUGAGUAUUUCUGUUUUGUUUGUUAGUUUAUUCUGUUUUUUAGAUUCUACAUAUAAGUAAAUCAUAUGGCAUUUGUCUUUCUUUGUCUGACAUUUCAAUCAACACAUUACCUUCUAGAUCCACCGUAUUGCUGUAGAUGGCAAGAUUUUAUUUUUUUUAUGGCUGAGUCAUGUUUCAUUGUAUAUAUGCAAUAGUUCUUUAUCAUUCAUCUAUUGAUGGACACUUAGAUUACUUCCAUAUCUUGGCUACUGUAAAUAAUGCUGCAAUGAACAUAUGGAAGUAUAUGUCUUCCUGAUUUAGUGUUUUGGGUUUCUUUAAGAUAAAUACCCAUGCCCUAGCUGGUUUGGCUCAGUGGAUAGAGCAUCAGCCUGCAGACUGAAGGGUCACAGGUUCAGUUCCAGUAAGGGCACAUGCCCAGGUUCGGGCUCGAUCCCUAGUAGGGGGUGUGCAGGAGGCAGCUGAUCAGUGAUUCUCAUCAUUGAUGUUUCUAUCUCUCCCUCUCUCUGAAAUCAAUAAAAAUAUAUUGAAAAAUAAAUACCCAGAAGUGAAAUGGCUGGGUCCUUCUUUGUCUCUUUUUACAUAGCCUUUGUUUAAAAGUCUUUUUUGUCUGGUAUAAGUAUUGCUACCUAGCUUUUGGUUUGUUUCCAUUUUCAUAAAAUACUAGAGGCCCAGUGCAUGAAAUUCAUGCACAGGGGGUGGGGGUCCCUCAGGCCGACCUGCACCCUGUCCAUUCUGGGACCCCUGCGGGAUUGAGCUUAAACCAGCAGUCAGACAUCCCUCUUGCAAUCCGGGACCGCUGGCUCCUAACUGCCCUCCCCUGCUGGCCUGGUUGCCCCUAACUGCUCUCCUCUGCUGACCUGGUCGCUCCUAACCACCUCUGCCUUGGCCCCCGCCACCGUGUCUUUAUCCAGAAAGACAUCUGGAAGGGUGUCUGGAAGAUGUCUGGUCUAAUUAGCAUAUUACCCUUUUAUUAGUAUAGAUAUUUUCUGUUCCUUUAAUUUCAGUCUGUGUCUUUCGAUCUGAAGUGUAGACAGCAUGUGUAAGGGUCUCUUGUUAUCCAUUCAACCUCCAUAUGUCUUUUGAUUAAAGCAUUUAACCUAUUUCCAUUUAAAGUAAUUGUUGAUAGAAGAGUAUUUAUUGCUAUUUCAUUAAUCAUGUGUUUUUUGUCAUUGUUCUUAAUCCUCACCCAAGGAUAUUUUUCUGUUGAUUUUUAGAGGAAGUGAAAAGGAGAGGGAGAGAGACACAGAAACACUGAUGUGAGAGAGACACAUCAGUUAGUUGCAUCAUGCACACACUCUGACCAGGACCAGGGAUUGAGCCUGCAACCAAGGUAUGUGCCCUUGUCCGGAAUUGAACCCAGGACCCU